AUGAACGAGGCUCGGCAGCAGGAUGAAAUCGAGCUGCUCCAGUCAAUUUAUGGCGACAUUUUCACAGACCUCACCUCAAAGUCCAAACCCCAUUUCCAGGUAGCUCUUCUGUCACACAUCAAUCCAGACAGACCGGUGGUCUCCUUGAUUCUAGAUAUCCAAUUCACCCCGACAUACCCGACCCUGGCGCCUUUGGUGAAGAUUGUGGAACCCAAGAACUUGCUCAGGGCCAGGGUUGCUUCGAUUGAAAAUAAGGUCCUGGAGGUGAUCAAGGACUACCUGGGAGAGGAGAUCUGCUUCACGAUGAUCAUGGACGUGAAGGAGAUGCUCGAUGAUUUCCAGCAAACUACAGAAGAGGUGCUAUCUUUAGAGGAAGAGAGAACCCGGCGCAUUGAGCAGCAGCGGAAACAAUUGGAGAAAAAAGAGGAGCACGAGGUCACACAGCAACUUCAGAAACUACGAGGCGAUUAUCCGGAAUCUCGAGAAAAUACGCUUAGGCUGCUGCGAGAGCUGGAUGACGAGGAUGAGCCUUCCUUGGUACCCACGAGUCUAGACAAUACCUUCGUGUUUGAUAACAAGCUCAAUGGAUACUGUGAGCAGACCAGAUCUCGAUUUGUGUUUCGAGCCGUUCAGGGCUUUAUCCCCUUCAAGGCCAAAAACCUCCUUCUGAGCAUCAGCUCCCAGUACAUUGUCACACCCUAUGUUCCGCAGGCGGUUCAGAAACUAGAUGUAUGCUACUUGCUCCAUGUGAUUGAGCUCAAUGAUAACCACUGGUCAACGAAUCAGGGCAAAAAGGAGAUCAGAGAGUUGGAGAGACAACUCGAACAAGUAAUGGAGCUCAACGUGAAUGAGGUAUUGCUGGUCUACGGCUUCCAAAUCGACCAGGACCUCGAAGAUCACUCAAAAUGGACCAUAAGAAUUCUUUCGGAAUUCUCCUCCAGCAUGCAAACAUUGGACGAGGUUCUCCAGACUGCCGAUGCAGUGAACUGGACACUUGCACGUUCAUGGCUUAUCCAACUAUUGCCUACACUUGAACUUCUUCAUGAUGUUUCCCAACCACAUUGCCUUCUAUGUCCGUUGAGCGUGGUGCUAGCGGCAUCCCAGGGUGAAGAGUCUACUCUGCGCAAGAUUCUCAAGUUGUGUCAUCCACGGUACGGUUUGACGGUUUUAACAAUGUACCAUAGAUCAUCGGACUUCCUACCUCAAUUCAUACCCAAGGCCUGGAUUGAUCCAGAUCCUUCGGCAGGGCUCAUCAAGACAGAUAUCUGGAACCUUGGUGUUUUGUUCACCAGGGUUAUGCUUGGCUACAAUGUGCUUACUACAGACUUCAAGACACCCGAGCUGUUCCUUCGAGAUUUCGAUGUUUCCCAGUAUGGAGAAUACGAGGAGUAUGCUGAUAGAGUGCACGACAUGCUCAGCAAAAUGCUUCAGCCCAAAGCGUCAAAGAGACUCAGUCUUAUGGAGCUCAACGCUGUCAAGUUUUUCCGAGCCGGUAUCGAUAUGGGCCACACUGCAUCUGCAUUUGGGAAUAUAGAAGAAGAAGAAGAAGAUGAUGAAGACGAAGCAGAGCCAUCUCAGUACAAGAGCGUCUUCUUUGAUACUUCCAGAAGGAAUUUGGCUCCCGCUCACAGCACUCGCAGGAGACUCUCCAAUAACAAUUCUACCAUGAUGAACACGAACCACGAAUCCAUAGCCCUGAUCAACAGAGACUCUCGUUAUGAAACCGAAUUUGAAGAGGUGGGAAAACUUGGAAAAGGUGGUUUUGGUGAAGUUGUCAAGGCCAGAAACAGAAUGGAAGGCACCUUCUACGCCAUCAAGAAAAUUAGACACAGAGCUGACAAGCUAGAAGGGCUCUUGAGUGAGGUGCUUUCUUUAGCCAGACUCAAUCAUCAGUACAUCGUGAGAUACUACGGUUGCUGGGUGGAAGAGGAUAUUGACCAGGUUAGUGCCAUUGAAGAUGAUGAGAGUCUGGAUAGAGAGACGGAAACCAGCUCACUUUUCAAUGAAGAUAAUGUCAGAUCUUCGUCGUUCUUGAGUCGCGAGAACUCAUUCCAGGUGGACUAUUUCACGAACUCACUAGACCCGCUGUUGGAGUAUAACGAUGACGACUUUGAUGACAGAAUUGUGUUUGCAAACAGUUCAGACGAUGAAGAAGGCGACGAUAAUAAUGCUAUUGCUGAUACAUCUGAUGAGGAAGAGAGCAAUUCCACGGUGGACGAUUUGUCUGUCCAAAAAGCACCAACAAAGCCCGCCCAAAACAGGCCACAAUCGAAAUCAAUUCUCUACAUUCAGAUGGAGUUCUGUGAGAACAACACACUUCUGGAUAUCAUUGAUCGAGGUCUUCCUGCCAACCCUAAUGAAUACUGGCGAUUGUUCAGGCAGAUUUUGGAGGCUGUUUCUUACAUCCAUUCAUCUGGAUUUAUCCAUAGAGACUUGAAGCCUACCAACAUUUUUAUCGACAAGUCGAAUAACGUGAAGGUGGGAGACUUUGGUCUUGCAAAGAACUCAAGGUUGUACUCCAUGAUCCUGGACAAUAAUCAGGUUUCACCCGCUACUAAUGAUUUGUCAACAGUUGUCGGUACGUUCUUUUACACUGCCAAUGAGGUUGCAUCGGGCGAUUAUAACGAGAAAGUCGACAUGUACUCAUUAGGAAUCAUAUUCUUCGAAAUGUGCUAUAAGCUUGGAACUGGCAUGGAGCGUGCAAUGGCAUUAAACAAUCUAAGACUUGAGAACGUCCAGUUCCCGUCCAAUUUCCUAGCAGCAAACCGUUCUACUGAAAGAAAGAUUGUUCGUCAGCUUCUAGACCAUGAUCCUAACAGGAGACCAGGAGCUGCAAGACUCCUUCAAAGUGGUUUGUUACCUGUUGAGCAUCAGGAUGAGGUAAUCAAAGAGGCAUUAAAAUCUUUAGCAGAUCCUGCUUCUCCUUGGCAACAGCAGGUGAGAGAAACCCUUUUCAACCAACCUUACCUGUUGGCUCGUGACAUGAUGUUCGAUAAACUUGGCAAGAGCUCACACAGUAAGGCGUUGGAUCACUCUGAGAACGACUACCUUGUGCUCAACGCCACCCUUGAUGAAUUGUUCAGAAUCUUCGGCAAUCACGGUGCGAUAAGAGACUAUGAUGGCAGUUACCUUCUUCCAAAGCUGUCUUUUGAUACGAAAGAUCUGGUCUACGAGAUUCUCGAUAAAUCUGGAUCCGUCCUCACUUUGGCAUAUGACCUUGUCCUACCAAUGGCAAGAUUCUUGAGCAGAAAUGACUUGAGUAUUACCAAACUCUGCAGACAUGAGUUCGUUUACAGACCAAACGUAAGGGGUAUUGGAAUUCCUGACAAAUACAGUGCUGUUGGGUUUGAUGUGUUUUCACAAGACAAGAGAACGCAUAUUACUGAUACCGCCGAGUGCAUCAAGGUAGUCGACGAGAUACUCGACAGCUUCCCAUGUUUCAAGACAAAGAAUGCACAGACAAUCAUCUUGGUCAAUCACUCAACAAUCCUCAACGCCUGUCUAGACUUUGCCUUUGGUGGAACAAAUACUCCCACUCGGUCCAAGCGCUACGAGAUCAUGGGUGUGAUUUCAUCCAUUUUAGUUGAAAGAGGACCAGAAGAGGUGAAGACUUACCUUAGGAACGAAUUCAAGAUUCAGCAUACUGUCGUCAAAGACCUCAUUGACCAUUUUGAUUUUACAGUGGAGCCAGAAACAGCCAAAAAGAAGUUGAGGAAGGUGCUCACGGAUUCACCUCUUCUCGCCAAAGUGGAAAGAGCAAUGCAAGAAGUUUUAGAUGUAUUGGCGGUGCUUAAGCGUUUUGGAAUCAAAACUUCAGUUUUGCUUUGUCCAUUGAGCAAUUACAAUGCUCGGUAUUACGAUGGUGGCAUCAUGUUCCAAGCCAUUCACAGAAUAGACAAACUGAGAAAGUUUUCUAGGGUUGUUACUGGUGGAAGAUACGAUAGACUUAUUGACUCGAUGCUGAGUGAGGGAAUUGCGACUUCCAGAACGCCACAUGCUGUUGGAUUCCAGCUAACCUCAACGCUCUUGUUCCUAUUGAUGAAGAACUCAUUGAAGCGUACUAAGGCAAACACCAAUGUGUCAAGAUCAAUGGCUAGAUGGAGGAAGUCCAGGUGCGAUGUUUUAGUGACAUCCACCCAGGAUUCAGUUAUGAAAGAUUCAGGAUACUCGAUUUUGCGUCUUCUUUGGUCUCAUGAUAUCAGCUGUGAUCAGUUCACCAGCUCCUUCCAGGAUGAAGUCUUGCAAAAAGCUACGGAUGAUGGAUGUAACUGGAUUGUGGUCUUGAAGCAGUCUUAUCUGAACAAAAAGACCAAGAAGAGUCAGUUCAAGCCUAUCAGGGUUAAGAAUUUGAGUGAACUGAAGGAACACGAUUUGGACUAUGAUGAGCUUUUGGAGUUUUUGCAGCACGAGAUUGAAGAGAGAAGAACAGAACAUCAAAAUGUCGAGUCAGCUAAGUCCCAAAACAAGCCACAAGAGGAGCAGAGCUCUUCACGUGUGGGACAACCACUUUUCAGUAUCGAUCUUGACCAGAAGGUUACAAUUGUUCCUAACGAUGCUCCUAGAGGCAGAAAGAAUAACAAAAAGGAGAAGUGGGAGUUAGACAAUGACGCAAAGGUUGCAUCCGCUUCUAUGAUGAAGGAUUUGGCUGACGCCUCGAUCAUCACAGUUGAGUCUAACGAUACUACUUUAGAUAUGAUUCUGUCUAUGUCGUUGCUGUUACCGCUAGAAGAGUGGUUCAAGAAGCUCUUUUUCACCAACAAGAAUUUGCCAAAGCAUUACGCCAACAAUAUCUACGAUUGCUUGUGGAAAGACAAAUCAAGAGGGCAGCAAUGGGCAGUACUUUACAACCCGAAAAGCGACAAGACAUGCAUUGUCGACCUACAGCGCUAA